GAGACAGUCGGGGGUCGGAGGUUGGAGUGGCGUUCGGAACGUGUCGGGAUGAGCAUUACCCCGGGGUCAUGGCUCCCCCCGACGCCCACCCCCACCCGCCCCCGCACCACCGCCGCCCACCCAGACACCUCAGGACCAGUAGAAUCACCCGCAACGUGCGCUUCCCCUAAGACAUGCCGACCCGUCCUCCAGCACCAGCCGGAGAAGAGACAGCAACAGCAGCAGCAGCUGCAGCUACAGCAACAAAGCAGCAGCAGCAGCAGCAGAGGCAACAGGAUCAACAGCAUUACCAGCAACCGCAACAGCAACACCAAAGCAGCCACCUCCUCCUUCACCAGCAACAGAAACGGGUCCCGCAACAACAGGAGCAGCAACUUUACCAACAGCAACAUUACCAGCAACCACAGCAGAAACAACAGCAAAAGCAGCAGAAGCAUUUCCUGCAGCAGCAAGAGCAAGAAGAGGAACAGCAACACUACCAGCAGCCCCAGCGCAAACAGCACCCACAACAAUAUUACUUUCCACAGCGUCAACAGGAACAGCAACAGCACUACCAGCACCCUCAGCAGCAGCAUCUGCAGCAGACUCUCCAGCCCACAAGGUCCUCCAGGUACAUCCUGUCACCUGGCCCAUCACUAGUAAACGCUGAGUAGGGGCGUAUUCUUGUGUAGAGUGGAUAAGUACUCAGGGUGGAUGGGAUGCACUCGUGUCUAUUCAGGAAAAAUUGGCCAGCCAGGAGAGGGAGGAUGGAAGCUGCAUUCUCUACUCGAUCUGUUAUGGCUGGUCAAACUCCCUACACGGUGUGACAGGUCUGAUCACAUUCUUCACGGUACCACAGUUUUGAUUAAACACACUAAAUGAUGUGUCAGCUGACAUAUAUCUCUGUAUGAUAAAGCUCUGACCAAAUUCCUCACUGCUCGGCAGCUCUGACCACACUGGGUUACAUAGAAGGUGGAAAGAAGGCGAAACUAUUAGAAUUCUUAGAAUCAAGUUCGCUAUGUUUAAUUAUAUAAAAGGGAAGACUUUCUUUGGUACAGCAAACCCCCCAGAUUAUUAAAUCAGGUUACCUGAAGAAAGCUAUGCAGCGUGACUUAUUUCCGUUAAGGGUCCUGUCGUCCUCGUAACUACUAUGACCCAAAAACGGUUGACUAACACCCGGAUGCAACUGGUGUAUAGAAAGUUGCCCAUAUAUCUGGUGGGCGAGGGUGAUAUGUGAAUUGAUUCCUUCCAUUGCACUGUGACUUUGAAUCUCCACCGGCUCGACACUGACUGAAAAGUUUUGAUUGAGACACUAGCAAACGGAACAAGCCUUUAAUUCCAAAAUGUUUCGCUCUAUGAAGACUUUUUUUUUUUUUAGAGUAACACUAUGUCCAAAUAAAUACUUGCUGGGCAAACUUGGGUCUCUGUCCUCACAUGAGUGUUCUUGCAGGACCCUGGAACUGCAAAACGAAGAAAACUAUGAUUCACAUUACCUAGUGAGGAUUUCCAGUAAAAGUGCUGCUCCAAUCAUUGACUCAGAGAGUUCCUUAGGUGCUGAAGGACAGCAUCACUAACAAGAAGACUCCCUGACCGGGAGAUAUCCACAGAUCAGGUGAACAGCAUCCCUGACCACAGGACUCCCACGAGUUCCUCAGGUAAAGGGACCGAUAGGAUAAAUAGGACUCGCAGUACCCACACACGGAAUGUUACAGAAUGUUGACUGAGACGGCUCUUCCCCCUCAGGUUUAUCCUGCUCAUAGUAAUACAACUUUAAUAUUCAUAUAUUAGUUCCAAGGAUUUAAACAUCGUACUCUCUACAUCAGCGAGGAAAAACACACGUUGCAGAAGUUUACCGUAUUUACCGGCAUAUAAGGCGCACAUUUUUCGCACAUAAAAGUCUUGAAAAUCACUCUGCGCCUUAUAUGCUCAAGAUCAAGGUUAAGGGUAAGCUUUGGGUUACGCUUAAGCAGUUGUUUACUAACCUAACAUUACAACUGCUUGGAAGUAUUGUCUUAUUUGUCUCAUAUGAUCGUGCGCCUUAAAAUGCUUCGCUCUGUGUAAAGCUUUAUCAUGUCUCGACAAAGCUUUACCUUGAGCGAAACGUUGUCCAGGUAAAUGUUUCGUCUGCAACCUGUCUCAUUCAUUCGUCGUUUAUUAAAUAAAUAUCAAGAGUGACUCCUGAGCGAUGAGAGUAAAUAAAUAUUUAUACUUUAUGCCAAACAACAACGAUAUAAAUAUCUUACUUGCUUUAAUUACUUUUUGUUAUUUUAACCUCCAUAUUGAUAAUAAUGUCAUGACAUUAACACCAUAACAAUCUCUUAAUGUAUAUACACUGAGAUGUGUAUGUCCUUCUGUAUGCAAAACAACCACUGUGAAAGAAUAGUGAAAUUCCAAGCGCUUUCGUGACUUCUCACAUUAUCAAGGAACUAUAAAAGCAUUACAUCAAAGGAAGGCAUAUAAAGGGUCGAGACCACACCUCACCAUCGCAUCCCACAAAAAAGCAACACCUGACCCGCGACGACACCCGACUCAUAAGAAAGGAGGAACACUGCAGCAGGCCCGCUAGCCCAACUAGACAGGCCCUUCAUGACAUCCCACUAACAAAAUA